UGACAAGAUUCCACAGAUGGCGACCUCAAUGAAACUAUCCCUGAAGGCUACUCCUACGUUAGACAUCACAUCCACCAGAGUAGCGGGAGAUGGAGAGAUAGCACAGCCCGUUGGCAUGACAGUGAUGGCGGUGGACGGUACAGAUAUAAUUAUAGUCAUAGACCUGACUAACAUGUGCGUGAAGUCCUUCUACAAAAAGCACGGUGCCUCACGCCACAGUAGGCUCAGUCUGGAAAGCAAUCCGCUUGAUCUGACUAAGUUGCAAAACAAUCAGGUGGCUGUCACUUUGCCGAUAUUGAAACAGAUUUUAAUUGUAAAUGUCAAACCGGAGCUGGAAACGCUGCGAGCCAUCGAAACAAGCAAGUCCUAUGUGGGCAUUACAUUUCUGCCACCAUCGUCUCUAGCAGCAAGUUCCCAGGAACCUCCCUGUGUUGAUAUCCUAGAUAUGAACGGAACUGUGAAGCGGACAAUCGGUUUGGGUCCAUUCUGCAAUACAUUCAUCAUGGAUUCUCCAAAUGUCCUCUGUACCACGAAGACAGGAAACAUCCUGGUGUCUGACGGGGACUCAAAGCGUCUCGUGUGUCUAAAGCCAAAUGGAGAAAAGUUGUUCACCUACAUAGAUCCAGACAGAACUGAAAAAGUACUCAGUACUCCUGACUUCGAUGCUCAACUUCGUACCACAAGUAUCAGCACAGGUGACAUCCUGGUUACAGACUUCUCUCUAAACAGAGUGUUCCAUCUGACUGAGUCAGGAGAGUUUGUUGGAGACAUUCUGACUGAUUUAAUGUAUCCAAUCGGGAUUUGUGAAGAUGGGGAUGGUCGUGUAUAUGUUUUGUCAGGUGGUAUAAAGGUCUUCACCCUUGUGUGGAAAUGACUAAGAUACGGUAGAAUUACAGUAGAAGGAUAAUCCACGCUGAGGGUCACACGGUUGUGGUAUACCUUGCUUAAGUUGUGCUAAGCGGCCAUAAAAUAUUGACAAGUAACAUUCCAAAAGGCGUGGCUUACCUUCCUGAAGUUGUAUUAAGCGGCCAUAUAAUUUCUCUUGAUGCGCGCAAAAGAACCCACUGAUUUCAUUGAAAAGUGACAUUUAUACAGGUGUGGUUCACUUGGUCCAGACAUGGUAAUCUGCUAUAGCUGUAUAUUGAUGCAUUGUUACACAUUGGCGCUUUUACAGGUACAUAUAUUUACAUAAUGGGUUCUGGACUACACUUCUGACCACAUUCAGUUCUGAUAUAUUCUUUAUAUACGCAAGUUAUGUAAACUUUUUCACCCGAAAAACUGCUAUAACAAAGGGACAAUAAAACAGAAUGUUAUGUAACUCC